CCGAUCGGCGGAGGGGGGUUCCCAGUGUAUUACUGGGAGAGCUGGGAGAGCGGUUGGUGCGUGUUUUUUCCGUGCUGUCGAUGACAAGUUCCGAACCGGUUUGAGUCUCGCAAAGGACAAGAUCUGUCAGGAAGCCGCAAGGACCAUGGGGAUCUCCGGGAUGUGGACUGGGCAGGUUCUCACCUUUAUUUUCUUUGCGCAAAGUUGUGUCUCGGCCCCAGAUGAGUGUCUGCAGGAGACCAUACGUCUGCGUGCACAGCUGCGCACCUUGCAGGGUCAGGUCGCUAGGCAGCACAUCCUGCUGCAGCAGCUGCGUGACCAGGGCAUUCAGACGUCUACAGUGGACAAAGAUCCCAUUGUCCAUGGGGGGCCAGUGGAAUACAUUGACUGCGCUCAGGCCUACAACGACGGGAAAAGGCAGAGCGGGUCCUAUGUGCUUAAGCCCCUUCGGUCAUCCUCCAGCUUCAAUGCCUACUGUGACAUGAGCGAUGGCGGAGGUUGGACCGUUUUUCAGAGGCGAUCGGACGGCAGUGUGUCCUUUGACAGGGCCUGGGCGGAGUACAAAACAGGUUUCGGAAAUCUUGCAUCCCACACAGGAGAAUUCUGGUUGGGAAAUGAUUACCUGCAUUACCUGACAUCUCAAGGGGAUUACGCCCUCAGAGUCAAUAUGGAGGAUUUUGAUGGCAAUCAGCGUUAUGCAGUGUACAGAAACUUCAAAGUGGCCAGCGAAACGAACGGGUACCAGCUGCAGUUCGGUGAGUACUCCGGGACGGCGGGCGACUCGCUCGCAGGCACUUACCACCCAGAGGUGCAGUGGUGGGCAAGCCACCAAGGGAUGAAGUUCAGCACGUAUGACCGUGACCACGACCGCUAUGAGCGUAACUGCGCCAGGGAGGACAAGGGCGGCUGGUGGUUUAACAGAUGUCACUCUGUGCACCUGAAUGGUUAUUACUAUCAGGGUCCCUACAGCGCAGCCACUGACAACGGCGUGGUCUGGUACACCUGGCACGGGUGGUGGUACUCCUUGAAAUCUGUGGAAAUGAAAAUCAGGCCUAUGGACUUUGAAUCGGACCAAUCAUGAACCAGCAUUUUAUGUAACUCUCUUAAUUUCAUGAUUCCUUAAUUACUUACUGUAUACUAAUGAUUAUAUUAGCAACACAUAUAUAGUAUAUAUUUUUAUGUGCUAAAACUUGCUAUAAUUUGUGCUAAAACGUGCUAAAAUACAUCCAUGUGUCUUUGUUCUAGUAGCAAAUCAUGUUAUUCAUGUUAGCCUAAUCUCUUGGGAAGGUUAUAGAUUGUCCGUCAUGCCCUGAGAUCAUGUGUUCUAGUUGGGCCUUCCAUGCAGUGAUCACUCUGAUCGUUUGUAUUUUGAAUGUGACUCCUCUUUCUAAUAAACUUGCUAAAACGUGAAGA